UCUCGUUUCUCUUAAAGUGAAACUUCCGUGGUUACUGUGAACAGGGAAAUGGCGCAGGCAGCAGUAGCACUCGACAGAGAAGCCUUUUCCUGUGCGAUCUGUUUGGAUCUACUGAAGGAUCCAGCCACUCUGAGCUGUGGGCACAGCUACUGCAUGAGAUGCAUUCAUGAUCACUGGGAUGAAGAGGAGGAGAAGCAGGAGUACAGCUGCCCUCAGUGCAGACACAGCUUCAUUUCCAGGCCUGUCCUAGUCAAAAACACCAUGUUGGCAGUUUUGGUGGAGCAGCUGGAGAAGAGUGGACCUCCUGUGGACGUCAGCUCUGUGGAGCAGACACAUGUGUGCUGUGAUGUGUGCUCUGGGACCAGGUUGACAGCUGUUAAGUCCUGCCUUCAGUGUCUGGCCUCUUUUUGUGAAAAACAUCUGGAGCCUCACUAUCAGUCUGCAGCACUCAGGAAACACCAGCUGGUGGUGCCCUCUGACAAACUCCAGGAAAAGAUCUGCUCUGAACACAAUGAAGUGAAGAAGAUGUUUUGCCGCACCGACCAGCAGCUCCUGUGUGUGGUCUGCUGCAUGGACAAGCACGCGGGCCACCGCACGGUGUCAGCCGCCGCAGAGAGAGCAGAGAUGCAGGCAAAGCUAGAGGUCAGACUAGACAAAAUCCACCAAAUGAUUCAUAGUAAAGAAACAGGCCUGGACAGGCUCCACCAGGAGGCGUUGUCCCUCAGGCGUUCUGCAGAUGAAGCAGUGAGGGCCAGUGAGGAGACCUUCACCAUCCUUAUCCAUGUGAUGAAGGAGAGACAGGCUGAAGUGGAGCAGCAGAUUCGAACCCAGCAGGAGAACGAAGAGACCAGGCUCCAGGAGCAUCAGCAAGAGCUACAGAGUGACAUCAGUGAGCUGAAGCGGACACAAGCUCAGCUCGACGGACUGUCUCUCACUACUGAUCACAACCACUUCAUACAGACCUACCCUGAGGUGUCCCCCGCUGAGGCCACCCCCAUAUUUCCAACACAGCCCCCGGGCUCUUUUGAGCAUGUGACAGCUGCCCUGUCCACACUCUCUGACCUGCUACAGCAGACUUUGAAAGAGGGACUGGACAACAUCUCACAGGCUCCAACACAAGUCGAGCAACUACUGGCUCAGUCUGAAAAACCACUGCCACAAGCCCACUCUACAGUCCCACUGCUCCUGGACCAGCCUGAAAGACCACUGAACCUGAAUGAGCCCACCACUAGGAAAGGCUUCUUAAAAUAUGCAAAAGAAAUUACACUAGAUCUAAAUACAGCUCACCGACAACUGUCCCUGUCUGAUGAAAAUCGACGUGCAACAUUUGAGGAGGAUGCCAAUAGGUAUCCCAAAAAUCCAAACAGAUUCAGCUACUACUACCAGGUCCUAAGCAGACAGCGCCUGACAGGCCGCUGUUACUGGGAGGUGAAGUGGGACACAUCUGCCACGAAUUGGAGCGACUCUACCAUUACCAUCGCAGUGUGUUACAAUAACAUCAAGAGAAAAGACAAAUCAGAUGAGUGCAGAUUUGGAUUCAAUGAAAAUUCCUGGGCAUUACAAUGUUCCAGAGAUGAUGAUUAUACUUUUUAUUUUAAUGAAGACGAGACUGAUGUGUAUGGACCCACUUCAUCCAGAAUAGGGGUUUACCUGGACCACAGCUCAGGGAUUCUAUCAUUUUACAGCGUUACUACAAGUAUGAACCUUCUUCACAGAGUAGAGACCUCAUUCACUCAGCCUCUGUACGCUGGACUCAAGUUUGAGUCUUCGGAUCAUGGCGCCACUGCUUAUUUUCCUAAAUUGAAAUAACCUGUAGCUUGAGAGCAGGGUCACUUUGUCCCUUUUGUUAAAUGAAGCUAUGGAAAGCACAUAUUUACAGGCAUUAUUUUUGCUGUACACUCUCUUUCUGUAAUUUAGAUGUAUAUGGACUUAAAGUAUUUUAUAAUUGUAUGAAAUGAUUUUAACAAUACUAAACAAUAUUACAUGUGAUAAA